AUGCAUGUCCUCAUCACUGGCGCUGCCGGCUUCAUCGGCCAAUUGCUUGCGAAAGAGCUGUUGAAUGACCCAGCCUAUCGCGUCACACUGACCGAUAUACAUCAACCUCCGAUCCCCGCGGGCGUUCGCUAUCCUCAAUCCGCAACGGCAAUCAAGGUCGAUCUCUUGACAGGCGCCAAGGACAUUGUCGAUUCUUCCUUGGACGCCGUCUAUGCCUUUCACGGCAUCAUGUCGUCCGGCUCCGAGGACAACUUCGAUCUAGGCAUGAGCGUCAACGUCGAUGCAACCCGCAACCUACUCGAGGCGCUGCGACACACCUGUCCCGGAGUCCGAUUCAUCUAUUCGUCCAGUCAGGCCGUAUAUGGCCGACCGUUGCCAGAGAUUGUGACUGACAGCGUAAUUCCGACCCCAGAGUCCUCUUACGGUGCCGAGAAGAUCGUUUGCGAAACAUUGGUGAACGAAUACACUCGCCGUAAAUUCAUCACCGGGUUUAUCCUGCGGUUUCCUACCAUCUCCGUCCGACCGGGUGCACCCACUGCUGCAGCUUCGUCCUUCCUUUCCGGCAUGAUCCGGGAACCUCUUGACGGCCAGCAAUGUGUGAUCCCCAUUAAAGACCGACAGUUCAAGUCGUGGCUAUGCUCGCCCAAAACCCUUGUGGAAAAUCUCCUUCUCACUCUCCGUCUUCCUGCGGACUCCGUUCCCCCGCACAUUCGCCAGAUUAAUGUGCCUGGAAUCUGCGUCACAGUCCAGGGCAUGAUGGAUGCAUUGGAAGCCGUGGGCGGUGCAGAUAAACUCGCCCUUCUAACAGAGAAGGAGGACCCUGCGCUGGUUCCAAUCUUGAAGUCAUGGCCGACGCAAUUUGAUAACACUCAAGCCAUCUCCUUGGGGUUCAAACGCGACGAGUCUUUCGAGCAAACCGUGCGGGAUUAUAAACAGUCAUUGACACAAUAUAGAUCUUGA